AUGAAGAGGGGAAGCAGUUGUAAAGCCAAUAAAUACGCAAAAGCAGUGGGAGAAGCAUUGAAGAGAGAGAGAGAGAGAGGCAAAAAGGACGGUGUUGCGUGGGUGGGCCUGGGAAUCGGGGGCAAUAAUUCUGCCCACGAGGGCAUGUGGGGUCUCCUCUUGGAAGCAUUUGCGAAGGUGGUGCGCGUGAUACGACUUCUUGGAUUGGUUAAUGAAUCAAUCAACUCCACGGUAGAAGCUUUUACAUGGGGGAGGGGAACAAGCACAGUUUUUGCUGUUAAAGUAGAGGUUUCUAUCUCAACAGGCCACGUAAUAAGGAAGGAUUAG